AUGGCGUCGGAAGAUCCAAAAUCAGCGCGCUCUUCUGAGCGUGACGUCGAAGCAGGUAUUUCGGACCAUGAACACGGCCACUCCGGCAUGGCGUCUUUCCUAAAGGUCGAGCCCGGAGCCAUAUACAAAUCGGAGGCUGCGAAACAUCCUAGAUGGUAUCAGCGCCUUUUGGAUGCCGGCGUCGAGGAAAAUGGGAUCAAGCCAAUUCCGGUCGAAGAAAGAACAAACACAUCGUACAACAAUUUGUUCAGUGUCUUCUUCACCGCCUUGCUUUGCGUGCUUCCGAUACCGACCGGAAUGCUCGCUACUCUCUCUUUUGGCAUGAGCCUGAGAGAUGCAUCUCUGACCAUCCUGUUCUUCUCCAUGCUUACUUGCGCAUUUCCCGCAUUCAUGGGUUGCGGAGGAUGCAAGACAGGCAUGAGACAGCUGAUCCAAGCCCGAUACUCUUGGGGGCUUUAUAUAAUCACCAUCCCAUUACUACUCAACGCUGCCACAAUCACUGGAUUCUCUCUGGUAGCGGCCAUAGUUGGAGGCCAAACCAUAGCCGCCAUUAAUCCAGGCCACGUGAGCGUCAACGUCGGCAUUGUUGUCAUCAUCGUGAUUAGCUUUAUUGUGUCCCUGCUUGGCUUUCGAGCUUUGCAUGCUUGGGAGCGUUGGAGUUGGAUACCGAAUCUUAUAGCGAUUGUGGUAGCCGUAGGAUGCGGUGGCCACCUGCUCUUUCAGCAGGCCGAAGCACCGCCUGCUGUAGCAUCUUCCAUCGUAUCAUAUGGCGGUCUUAUAGCUGGAUAUUUCAUCACUUUUGGUGGUACCGUUUCCGACUAUUCCACCUAUCACAGUCCUAAUGCGUCCAAGACAAAGAUAUUUACUUACACGUACCUGGGACUCUUGACACCAUCGGUACCACUCUUUGUGCUCGGUGCAGCUAUGGGUGGCGCUGUGCCUGUCGUUGACGGAUGGUCCGAUGCUUACGCAGCAUACGGUGCUGGUGGUGUGCUCGCAGAAAUGCUCAGCAGCUCCGGCGGAUUUGGGAAGUUCAUCCUGGUCCUUCUUGCAUUGAGCGUGCUGGGUAACAUUGCCAUUUCAAUGUAUUCGGUUGCCUUGAACCUCCAGAUGAUUUUGCCAUUCUUUGCCAAGAUCCCGCGGUAUUUCUUCAUCCUAGCGGUUAUUAUCGUGAUGAUACCAACCGCCAUCAAGGCUGCCGAGGAAUGGGAAGAGUCCUUGGAAAACUUUCUGGCCCUCAUUGGCUAUUGGGCAGGUUGUUUUGAUGCCGUACUGAUUGAAGAGUUGGUUAUUUUCCGGCGUAUGGACUUUAACACAUAUGACCCUGCGAUCUGGAACGUUGGAAGAAAGUUGCCAUCGGGAAUCGCGGCGAUAGCAGCCUCGAUCUGUGCAAUGGGUCUUGUUAUUCCAGGAAUGGCCGAGGUUUGGUUCACCGGACCCAUUGCAGCCAUCACUGGCGACGUUGGCUUUGAAAUGGCCUUCGUCGUCACAGGCCUCUUCUACUUUCCUUUCCGCUGGCUAGAGAUAAAGCACAGAGGACAUACUUGA